AUGGCUGCCCAUACUCCAAGAUGUCUGGUCAGAGGGUCGAUCAAUAUUGAUGAAUUCUUCUCACUUCCUCAUAUCGUUCUCCCUGGCGAGACCAUCUCAUCGACCCGAUAUGCCAAACGUGCAGGGGGUAAAGGGGCUAAUCAAGCAUAUGCUUGUGCUCAGGCUGGAGGAGGGGUGGAUAUGGAUGGUUGCAUUGGAAGUGAUGGUAUAUGGGUGAAAGAUAUGUUACAAAAGGCUGGAGUGGGGGUUGAUCGAGUUCGUUUGAUCGAACAUGAAGUGAGUCAACCCAUGUCAAAUUUCGGCGAAAAGACUAAGGAUAGGUUACGGGAAGAGCCAUUAUUCAACUUUCCACAGAUGGCGAAAACUCUAUCGGUGCUCCUUCAUGCAGGAGCGAAUGCAAAUAUACCAUCUUCCGAUACCUCCCCCGACGUUUCUUCCUACACACAUUUAUUGGUACAAAAUGAAAUACCUCUAUCUUCCACUUUGACAUAUUUAUCAUUAGGCUUGAUCAAUAUUUUCAACCCUUCACCUAUGCUUUCACCAUCUGAACUCCGUACAUUUCCUUGGGCUUCUCUCACUUGGCUCAUCGUCAAUCAGGGGGAAUUAGCUUAUCUCCUUUCCGCCCUCUCCGACCAACCUUUCGCGAUGAGUGAUAACACGUCAGAGGCGGUGAACGGACAGUUGAGGACAUUACACUGCACGAAGGGUUUUGAGAAAGUAUCCGUGAUUUGUACAUUAGGAGCGGAUGGGAUAGCGUACUUACUCCCUCUGGAAGACGAGGGAGAAGUGAGAAGAAUGUCAGCGGGAAGAGUGGAAGGUGGAGUGAAGGAUACGACAGGUGCAGGGGAUACUUUUACUGGUUAUUUCGUUGCUGGUUUGAUGGCCUGUCUAGAGCUUGAUGAGAUUUUAAGAAAUUGUAUGACGGCUUGCGCGAUAUGCGUAGAGAGAUCAGGAGCAAUGGAAAGCAUUCCCACAAAAGUCGAGGUUCUAGAACGGCAGGCUAGUCAAAAGACCAACCAGACUUAACGACCACAGCGUAAUGUCGCUACGACCAACAACUAAGUACCGACACAUAAGUAAGCAUGCACAUGGUUCAUCUGACACUCCACAUUCUCUAUUAUCGCUUAUAUCAUCUCUAGGGCUAUCCAACAUGAUAAUUAUCUACGCAUGAUGCAUUCAUUGAAUGAAUG